AAUUACUUUACUUUAUUGACAAGCACACACGCUCGCUUUCCCUCCAAAUACUGAAGCAAGUAGAAAUCCAAUUCUCAAAACGCCAGAUAAACUAUUUUCAAUGGCAUACACAUCUGCUCCUGGCAACAAUGCUGCAUAUGGAAGAAUCAAAUCGGCGGCUUCAACGCUUUUCUCCGACAAUCAGUCCCUCAUAUCGGAAAUUAGGAAAUCGAUGAUUAUGAUGAAGGAAAUCGCAGUGGAUAUGGAGAGAGACAACGAAUCCGAAAUGGUGAAGGAGCUAGAAGCUGGUGUUAUUCAGUUGUUGGAAGCCUCAGACCAAUGUACUCAUCUUUCCACGGCAAUACAAUCACUAAGUGGCGAAUACCAGCCUGGGCCAGAGCUAACCGAUUUUGGCAAGCUUUUUGAGGAUGAGAUUGGAAGACUAACGGCUGGUUCAUCAUCUCUCCCACAGAACCAUCCAUGGCUACGCCAGUUUCGUGAAGCUAUCUGGAACGUUCAUCAUCCAGGACAGCCCAUGCCAGGCGAAGAGCAGGAGGACAUAGUAAUGACCAGUACACAGUGCAAUCUUUUGAAUGUUACUUGCCCAUUGAGUGGAAAGCCUGUGAUUGAACUUGCAGAUCCGGUUAGAAGUAUGGACUGCAAGCAUAUUUAUGAGAAGAAGGUUAUCAUGCGAUACAUAAGGUCCAAGAAUUCACGCAGCCAAUGUCCUGUAGCAGGGUGUCCUAAAAUGCUGAGGCCGGAUAGAGUGGUGUGUGAUCCCCUGCUACUUAUAGAAAUCGAUGAAAUGCGCUCCAUGAACAAAGAAAGUACUAGACGUGAUGUCAUUGAAGAUUUUACCGAACUUGAUGAAGAGGACUAAGUAGUGGAAAUUAUACGGCUUUCCCAAGUUUAGACUCUGAUCGCUAGUUAUUAGCAGAAAAUGGUACAUAUGCAAACUUAUUCACCUUCUUUAGGUCCUUUCAUUAGUUGAAGGAAGUCUUUAGUUCUUUUCAUUAGUUGAAGGAGGUCAACAUGAUGUUAUACUUAUUCGCCUUCUUUAGGUCCUUUCAUAGUUGAAGGAAGUCGGGAUCCUUAAGUGAGGACUUACCGAUCAUUCCCUGGUAACUUCGACUGAUUCUGCCACAGAACUAAUCCCUUAUGUUAUAUAAGUCAUUUUACCAAUUUUUGUUCAAGCUUGGAAAUGAAAGGAAGGCCAAGGGAUUUUUUUCGUUUUA